AUGGUCACCACCACCACAAAACCCGUGCGCCGAGCCGGCCGGGCCUACCCACGCUCCAUCUGGGGCCUGUGGAUCGCCAUCCCCAUCCUCGUCGUCUCCUGCAUCCUCGAACUCGGCCUCAAGAUCACGGCGCCGCGGCUCGGGUCCUUUGAUGUCCCGCGCGACGCGAGCGUCCUCGUGCCCGGCGACCGGUUGGUCGCGUCCGCGAUGAGGCUGUGGCCGGCCGCGGUGCAAAAGGGCGAGGUCAUGGUGCCGACGGUGUUGGCGGCCGUGACGCUGGUGGAAGUUUUGGCGCUGGGCUUCUUCGUGGUUCGCGUGGUACGCCAAAAUCCCGUUACUAUCCCCCUCACAGGAAGAAUCACCAUGCUCCUCGCCAUGGCCAUCAUCGACAUCUUCGGCAUCGCCACCCUCGGCUUCGUCUUCAUCGUCAACUACAAAUCCGCCCGCUUCGACAACGCCCAGGCCCUCACCCAGGCCGAGGCCGCCCGCCUCGCCAGCGGCAACCCCAACGCCGGCUUCGGCUCCGCCGAGUUCACCUACCAGGGCAGCGGCCCUUUACCACGGAGACGUGGGCCUGCCGCGUCAAGGAGCUGCCGGGCUUCGAUGCGAGCUUCGCCGGCGGGCUCUCCAGGGCGUGCGGCAUGGAGCAGGCGGCGCGGUAUUUGCUGA